GUCACGUGGUAGGACCCGACUUCCGGUGGGAGGACCGUUUGAGAAGGUAUAGAGUUAACGGUUUUGGCCGUUGACGCUUCGGAACGCUGGCUGCCGCUAAUCGGGUACCGUGCCCUUCGGAGGGCGGUGUGGCAAGUCCUGAUGCCAGAACAGGUCUGUUUAGCGAUACUUUUUCCUCCCCUUGAACUUUCUUGCCUCUCGGGUGGGCGCGAGAAACCUUUGAGAUACGGUUUGGUUUAACGGUUGGGGAGCUCCGGGGCGGGGCGGAGCGGGGGGCGGGGCGGGCAGGAUUUGCCAGGAGCGAAGAAAAUGGACUUGGUUUUCGGGAUCGCGCAGAGGGGUGGUUCAGGGUGGUUCUCGCCGCCUGUCCCGGGAUACCAGCAGCUAUGAGCUUUUGAGACUUGGCCGCUUUUUGGGUACUUUGUGCUGACUUUGGGACAAGUAAAUCCUUUUUCAUCCUUUCUCUUCCUUAGCGAAGGCGGGUGGGGGCGAGGAACUACCAAGACUCUGAGACUUUCUAUAGAAUUUUGAGUUUAAAGAAUUGAUGAACUAGCGAGUUGAUUCGUUAAAACCUUUUUUUGAGAUUAAAACGUUGAGUUAGAACCUUUGUUGGUAACCUCGUUUGAUCAGUAGCAGUGCAGUCUUCUGGUUUAUUGUAAAUACAUAAACGUGAGGCGAAAGAAAAUAAAGGCACGAUUGUUUGAUGACUUGGUUAGAGAUCGCUUCCUUCCUUCUUUCCUCUAUCUGGCUCUCCCCAAAUUAGGACUGCUCUAGGGUUUUAAACUACUUUAAUAUUUACAAAUAGUGAUUUUACAAGCGGUUUUUCUUUACGGUGUUUUAUAGAAACCGGGCAUGGGCUCGAUUCAGUGCUGGGCGAUGGGAUACGGUUUGGGCGACAUUAUCUUCCAUCGGGCAACUUUCUGGUCGCUUAAGUUUGAUACGGACAGAAGAGUCUGACAGGAUUUUUAGAAAACAAUUGUUACAGUGUCUUGACCCAAUUUUGUUUAAAAAAAAUUGUAUGUUGUAAUCUGCCUUGUUUUUGCUAUGUAUUUUUUGCAGUGGUUUUCGGGUGAAACGCUGUUUUCAUCCUUCACAUUUUCGAUUAAUUGAUGAGAUAAGUGAAUGCUUUGCAACCUUGGAAGCUGAACCUUCAAAUGACUUUUGAAAAAUGCCUUUGAAAUGCCUUUAAAGUCUAAAAAAAAAAGUCUUUUAAAAAACCAGAUGGCUUCUUGUUCUUACGUUAUCAAGAGUUUAGGUUUUCUAUCGUAAAGUACAAAUGAGCUUCAUUUUAAAAACUCAUUUUGCAGGAUUUUGAGUUUAAUGAAUUAUGUUAAUAAUUUUGCAUAAUCCAGUCAUGGUUGGGCUCUAAGAAAUUGUUGCAGAAACUUUAUCUUACACGAAGAAGGGAAAGGAACUAAAAUUGAUGCUGUGCCUGCUGUGAACCAGACAUGAUGAUACUCAGGGCUUAACUGUGUCAUUUGGUCUUACACAGCCCUGUGAAGUAGAUAUUAUUCCAACUUUACAAGUUAAGAAAUUGAGGCACAGAGAGAUUAAAUACCUGCUUGAAGCAAAAGAGCAAAUUUUGCAAUUUGGAUUCGAGUAUUUUUUAAAGCCUAGUUCUUUGCAUUAUGUCCUUAUUUAAAAUUUAAAAUUUGUUUACAAGAAAUAGUUACUAUAACUGUAGUAUACAGGUGCAAUGUGAACGAAAAUUACAUGUUUUGGCCCUGAGUAUUUAUUGUCUGUGUGCUCCAUGACAAAUAGUUCUGUGGGGAGGACGUUAUGAAUACCCAAAUAACGAAAUAACAGUUUCGAACAGUGGGUGCCUUUGCUAUGCCAGCCGUGAUUUUAAGCACUUGACGUGUAUUAAUUCAUUUAAUCCUCAUAACUCCGUGUGAGGUCUGUACUGUUAUCGCCAUAUUACAGAUUUUUUAAAAAAGCACGGAGAAGUCACACAAUUAGUAAGCAGAGGAGCUGGGACCUAAAACCGAGGUAUUCUGGCACCAAGCUUAAGGUCUAUAUGUUGUUUGAUAUUUCCCUUUGUGUAACGAUUACCUUGAAAACAUUACUGUGUGAGUGUUCCGGUACUUUGGGGAAAGAAGUGUCACUUUCAGAUGGGAUGACUUAGCACCUUAGCUUUGUGGAGAUGGAACUUGAGUUGAGCUUUGAAGUUGAAUAGGUUCUCCUAGGUGGAGCACCAGCAGGGUAUUGUGGGUAGAGGUCAUGACAGGAGUGAGAGGUUCAAAGAGUGCAAGAUUGGUGAUUUGUAAAUUUGCCACAGAGGCAGAAAUGUCUGGAGUCUAGUGGUGGACUCAAUGAAUGCUGCAUCUAUGUCUAACUACAGCCAAGUUUUGGCUGCAGUGUAAUUAAUCCAGUAAAGAAUUGUCUGAUUUUAAGAGUCUAUUACAGUGGUGGCAAACUUUGUCUAUAAAAGGCCAGAGAAUAAAUAUUUUAGGCUUAGAGCAAGGGGACACGUGGUAAGCGGUGAUCUCCUUGAGGGGUGUGGAGGCUUCUGACUGUGUAAGGACCUUGUAGGCCAUUGUGGGAGUUUGGGUUUUAUUUUGUUAUUGUUAGAAAAGGGAUUCCAGGUGAUUUUAAUAAUGAGUAAGUAAAGCCCAUAGACUCUGGAGCCAGACUACACCACUUACUAGCUGUAAUCAUUUAAACGGCAUAAAUCAUUUAAACUCGCUUAGCCUCAAUUUUCUCUUAAGAAAAAUGGGGAUAAUAACAGAGCCUGCCCCGUAGGGUUGUCAGGAAUACGAAAUGAGUUAACACAUCAAGUGCUUAGAACAUUGCCUGGCACAGAGUCGGCUGUAAAAUCUGUUAUUUAUCUGUACCUUGUGGUAUAUUCCAAAUUUUCUAUAGUGAAACAUACAUAAUGAAAAAUUACACAUAUAAAAUAUAAAACAAAAUUGUUAGAAGUACAAUGAGAUUUUAGGAAAUCCUCUUAGAGUUGGGAAAUUUGAAUUCAAUAUUUUCAUUCCUUAAGAGUUCAAGUAGAGGUGCAAGACUGCUCCGCAGUGUGCUUUGUCAGAUAUCUGUGAAUUGAGGACUGCUUCCAUAAAUCAUGGCCUGUCUGCAAGGUGGAAAAUAAGGAAGUUGUUAGAGUGACUACAGUAUAUCUAAAGGAGUAGGUGAUUUACCAGCCCUAGGUGACCAAGCAGUUUCACAAAUAAACUCUCCAGCAAGUUUAAAUAUAAUUAGGCCCAACUGCGGGGAAGUGGAGUGCUGCUGUUGCACAAAAAAGAUGUCUAGCGGCUCCAGUGAAGUUGAUGUGAUAAGAACACGAAUACCUGCUUAUGAUGACGAUAACACUGUUCUUUAUGCAUAUGAGCCAAACACUGCAUAUGUCAAUAACCAGGAAAGCGUGAUGUCUGACACAUCCUGUAACGAAGAACAACAAAAAACAGUUACGGACGUCCUCACUCAUUGUCAGGUGAUCUAUGAUGCGAUUCAAAACCUGGAUAAGAAAUUUGAUGUCAUUCAUGGAAAAGUUUCAAAAAUCCACCGUUUUCGUGCGAAAUCACUGUGGCAGAAUCGCAAGCCAUUUAGAUAUACCUACAGAAAUUAUAGUUACCUGCUUUCCAGAAAGAUAAGAUCCCAGAAAAUGAGGAAAAAGGAGCCUCCUUCUUCAUUCUCUUACCAUGAAAGUUAUAGCCCAACUAUGCCGGUGGAAAGGCCAACAAAUAAUUCCCCGAGCAAUCCUGUAGGAACACCCUACCAUUCAGAGGAGGGGUCCCCAGAACGGGAUCAAGAGUCACCCCUCCAGGAGCACGAGCCGAAUCUGAGCCAGAGUCCGACACUUCCCUCCAUGUAUUCUUCACAUUCAUAUCAGCCAUAUUUCACACCUGAUGAUCCAGUGCAGGGCUCCUCUUCCAUGCCCUGCUAUUCCAGCCCAGGGGCCCACAGCACCCACAAUAUCUUCUCACCUACUCGAGCUUCUACAGCAGGCCCUGGAUCCAUGCUGGGUCAAGGUGAACCCAGUCUGGCACAUAACCCUGAGAUGAUGACUUAUCCAACUCUAAUGGAAAAUAAAGGCCUCAGUCAUACUGGCUCAUCUCUUUGUAUCCCGUCCAACUUUGCUACAAGUUUACCAGUUGGAACUGACCCAAAACAAAGCUGCUCUGCUGACCCUUCAACCUGGUCCGUGGAUGAAGUGAUCCAGUUUCUGAAACAUAUAGAUCCUCAGACACUCACCCCCAUCGCUGACCUUUUCAGGCAACAUGACAUUGACGGAAAGGCUCUGCUACUACUCAAGAGUGACAUGAUGAUGAAGUACAUGGGGCUGAAGCUGGGGACAGCCGUGAAGUUGUGCCACUACAUUGAUAAGCUUAAAGGAGAAAAAUUCUUUGACAAUUGAAAACACGUUUGUGUAGAUUUAGCUUGGAAUUCAUUCAGGGGAAACCAGUGCCAUUUUGGUGUAAAAUCAUUUUUCUGCCCUUAAAAGUUUUUGUUGUGUAGAAGGUUCUUCUAAAACUAUGUUCUAUCCAGAAUUGCAGAACUAUGUUAGUCUGCUCUACUACUGUAGAAGCCAUUUAACAUCUUAGUAUUGGCAUAUUCAGAUUGGGAAUUUGUUCUUUAUGUCUUUUUUAUUAUUUUCAUUGUGUAGUUUACAAAUGUACUUCAUACAGGAAACAGAAACACCUCUAGUUUCUGUUCAUCUUUAUCUAUAGAACCAAAACAGCUGAAUCCCAAAGAGAAAAUAUCAGGGACUGAAAAGUUCUCUAAUCCAUGGGUUUUCCUCAAGAAGCCUUAAAGAUGCAACUAUAGAUAGCAUCUUUCUAAAAUAUUUUAUGUUUGUUACUGCAAGGUUCUGUUCAUGUUCUACCAGCUUCCCAAAAGGGAAAGCCAUAUAAAUUAUUUUCCUUUCUAUUGUUAUUUCUAUAUAUGUUGUAUUUGUUCUAUUUAAAGAAAAAAAAGGCAACCUUAUAAGCUUCUGUAAAGUAUUCUUACCAGUUUUUAGAUAAAUUCUUAGAUAGAAUGGUCAUUUUAUGGAAGAGAUACUUAGUUUAAAACAUACAUGUUUUGCUUAAGCUUGGACAUUUCGCUAGGCAUUCAUUGCUCACAUCUCUAUAAAGGUGCCUAUGUCCAAAUUUUUGAAAGAUAUAUAUUUUAUCGUCUGUGUUCAUAACAAUAGUUUCAUAUUUAUAUUUUAUUCUGUAUCUGAAGCAUACACACAAGUAAAUCUUUUUGAAUUUAAGAAUAGCACUUUGCACUUCACAGAGGUAAAGAUGAACUAUAUUUAGUGAGAUGUUUUUAUUCUGUUAAAAAUACUUACAUCAUUUGCCGUCACUAGUACCUCUCAGCCGACUCUUUAGGUCUUCAGUACGGGGAAACUCUCUGUCGUGUGCAGUGUUUCUAGUUCAUUUGCUUUCUGAGCCAUUUAUCCUACUAAACUUUGGAAGAUACGUUAGUUCUGAUUUGUCAUUUUGGACUUUAUUUUAAAAAUUAGAACUUUCAAGUGAAACCUGUUCGUUUUUUUGUUAUUUAUUACCUUGUUUUAUUGUAUAACAGUUGAUGUAGUAUUUAUAAACUGUGAGAAUUGGUGCUAAGUGUAUUAGCCAUUUGUUAGAAAUGCCAAUAAAAUGUUCACCAGGGGCAAAAACGUACAUUUUCCUUUUCAAAAACCAAGUGUACUUUAUAAACAAAUGCAAUUCUUUACUGGGCAUAUGUGAUUUAAAAGGUGCUUGUUAACUUAUGUUAUUCAUUUAUGUUAUUUCUUGUAAGACAAGAUUUUAUUUUAAACUUGGUCUUCUCUCAAAUUGUUUGUGUGAAGAUGCUGUGCCCAGUUGAACAGUCCUCAGGUGUUUGUAUGAAUACUGUUUUACAGUUUUCAGAUGUUAAAAUAUAAUAAAGUUUUAAAACCGCAA